CUUGUACACAACAUCUCUUCACUAUCUCCGCAUUCGUCUUUCCAUCAACUAGUGUCCCUCUUUGUACCCACCGCCACUCUCCAGUCUUAUUGUUCUGCAGUGCAACACAAUAGUCCUGCCUCACCAUGGCAGACGCCAAUCAGGAUCGUGGGACCGACAAGAUCGAGUCUUCCACUCCUACCAAACUCCCAUACUGGCGCUUGGUCGUUGACCAGGGCAUUGUGACCCAAGAAAUUAUUGACUACCCAUACCCUGGAUCAGGAACAGAUGAGGACCCUUAUGCCGUCACCUGGAUCCCCAAUGACCCCCGCAAUCCGAUGCUGUUCAGCGAGACUAAAAAAUGGACCAUUACUAUCCUAGUUGCUAUUGCGACUCUGGCUGUUUCCCUGGUCUCUUCAGCCUAUACGGGUGGUAUUGUACAGAUCCAGCAACAGUUCCAUAUUGGCACUGAGGUUGCUACCCUUGGUGUUUCUCUUUUCGUUGUUGGUUUUGCUAUUGGUCCCCUUCUUUGGGCUCCUCUUAGUGAACUGUUCGGUCGUCAAAUCCUUUUCAUCGUUACCUACUGUGCUCUUACGGCAUUCAACUGUGGCGCCGCCGGUGCUCAAAACGCCUGGACCUUGAUCAUUCUUCGAUUCUUCGCUGGCUCGUUUGGAUCGUCGCCCUUGACAAAUGCAGGUGGUGUCAUUGCUGAUAUGUUCCCCGCAAAACAAAGGGGUAUUGCAAUGAGUGUCUUCGCUGCUGCUCCAUUCUUGGGUCCCGUUCUUGGUCCCAUAAUCGGUGGAUUCCUGGGAAUGAACGCUGGAUGGAGAUGGGUCAUGGGAUUCCUAGGUGCCUUUUCUGGUACCGUCUGGAUCAUUGGCACUCUAUUCAUCCCCGAAACAUAUGCCCCCGUCCUUCUCCGUCGCCGUGCAGAGAAACUGAGCAAGCUCUCUGGCAAGAUAUAUCGAAGCAAGCUUGAAAUUGACCAGGGCAAGGUUUCUCUGGCAGAGUCCUUCUCCGUUGCGCUGUCUCGUCCAUGGAUCUUGCUGUUCCGGGAGCCUAUUGUCUUCCUGCUGUCUCUGUACAUGGCCAUUGUCUAUGGAACAUUGUACAUGCUGUUUGCCGCUUACCCCAUUGUCUACGAGGAGGUCCGUGGCUGGAACCAAGGCGUUGGCAGUUUGCCGUUCCUGGGAAUCAUGGUGGGCAUGCUGAGUGCCGUUAUUUACACAAUCCCCGACAACAAUCGUUAUAUCAAAGUCCAAGACGAAAACGACGGAUUCGCCCCUCCCGAGGCACGCCUUUCGCCUUGUCUGAUCGCAUCUGUUACUAUUCCUGUUGGUUUGUUCUGGUUUGCAUGGACCAACUAUCCUUCCAUCCACUGGAUGGCCAGUGUCGCAGCUGGUGUUCCCUUUGGAUUCGGCAUGGUCCUGGUUUUCCUGAGUAUCAUGAACUACUUGAUUGAUUCUUACACGAUUUUCGCCGCCUCUGUCCUCGCCGCCAACUCCGUCUUGCGUUCCAUUUUUGGUGCUGUGUUCCCCUUGUUCACCACCUACAUGUACGAAGGACUUGGUAUCCAUUGGGCGUCCUCGAUCCCGGCGUUCCUGGCGCUGGCCUGUGUCCCCUUCCCCUUCCUGUUCUACAAGUACGGACCGGCCAUUCGCAAGCGCUGCAAGUACUCCGCUCAGUCCGAGGCAUUCAUGCGCAAGCUCCAGGACCAAGCCACACAGCCCGAGUCUUCUGGAGAAGAAGAACAGCACGAGGAGAAAGAAGCACCCGUUUUUGAUCGCACCGAAGCGCCUGCUGCAGUCGCGGACGUAUCCGAUGGCAGUGAAACCGAUUCCAAGGUCGAAGGACUCCCGUCCAUGAAGCAAAUCCGCAGCCGUGCGCAUUCGACUACAUCCACCCGGACUGCUGGCUCGGUCGCAUUGCCCUAUGAGGGCAACCCAUACGACGUUGACCGUGUCAACACCCGGGAAUCAUUUAAAUAAGUUGGACUUUGUCGCCGACACCUUCAAAAAUAUACCCCCUACCGAUACAACCUAUACCCAUAUAUACACCGACAUCGCGGAUAAUUCAUAGUACCUAUUACCCACGCCAAUCCCUCCGACUAUAUAUCGACGAGAUAUGGAAGCAAAGACGAAGAAAAAAGUUUUGGAUUUCAACUGUCGCAUUGUCGCAUUUUCAUGGGCGCAUAUAAUCAGUUUUGCUUUUUUUUGUCUUGUAUACCCCGAGAACCAUCUCGUUGAGGAGUUAUUUCAUUGGGCCUGCAUUAUAGAGAUAUGUAAAUGUUAAUGGAAUGAUGAUUAUGCAUAUACCAAC